AUGAAGUUCUUCACCGCCGUUGCCUUCCUCACCGCCUCUGUGUCGGCCUUCACCACCAUGACCCCCAACAAGGUCGCUAGCAGCAAUGCCAUGGCAUUCUCUCAAUUCUCCCAGCAAUCUGCUUUGAUGGCUGCCAAGCAAGUCCCCCAUGGAGGAGUUCUUGUCAACCAAAUGACCGAUGAUAAGGACGCCGCCAUCGCCAAGGCCACUGUUGAAAUUCAAGCUUCUGAACGUCAGUUGUGCGAUGUCGAACUUAUCAUGAAUGGAGGAUUCUCCCCUUUGACUGGAUUCAUGGACGAAGCCGCCUACAACAGCGUUGUCGAGAACAUGGCUCUUGAAGACGGUACCAUUUUCGGUCUUCCCGUCGUUUACGACACUGAUGACGAAUCUCUUCAGCCAGGAACCACCAUCCUUCUCAAGCAAGGAGAUCUUCCAAUUGCCACUGUUGAGCUUACCGACAAGUACGUCCCCAACAAGGUUCUUGAGUGCAAACAGUGCUACGGAACCUCUGAAUUGGAGCACCCAGGAACUCUGAUGGUUGCCACCGAACGUGGAAAAUACUACAUGGGAGGAAAGGUUACCGGAUUAAACACACCUGUCCGUGACUUCCCCUGCAAGACCCCUGCCGAGGUCCGCGAAGAGCUUCCUGAUGACAAGGACGUCGUUGCCUUCCAAUGCCGUAACCCUGUCCACCGUGCCCACUACGAACUUUUCACACGUGCUCUUGACGAUCCUCUGAUCGGUGAAGGCGGUAUUGUUCUUGUCCACCCUACUUGCGGACCUACCCAAGCCGACGAUAUCCCAGGAACCACCCGUUACAAGACCUACGAGGUCCUCAAGGAAGAAACCGCCAACCCACGUGUCGUCUGGGAAUACCUUCCAUACUCCAUGCACAUGGCCGGACCACGCGAAGCCAUCCAACACAUGAUCAUUCGUAAGAACUUCGGCUGCACUCAUUUCAUCAUUGGACGUGACAUGGCUGGAUCCAAGUCUUCCAUCACCGGAGAGGAUUACUAUGGAGCCUACGACGCCCAAGACAUCGCCAAGGCCAACGCCGAAAAGCUUGGUGUCACCCCUGUCCCAUCUUUGAACCUUGUCUUUACUGAAGAGGAAGGUUACACCACCGCCGACGAGGCCAAGGAGAAGGGAUUGAGCAUUCAAAAGUUGUCUGGAACCAAGUUUCGUAAGAUGCUUCGAGGAGGAGAGGAUAUUCCUGAAUGGUUCGCCUUCAAGUCUGUCGUCAAGGUCUUGAGAGAAAACAUCUAA